AUGCCAGACUUCCUAACAGCCGUAUCCACCAAAAAGGUCAAAAAUUCCGAACCUCUCAUUCAAGAAGUCAAGAGCCUGAACAUACAAGAAGAUGCAGUUUCUGUCAACUCUACAGACUCUGCACUUGAAGCGCUCAAGAAUCAACCUAGCCGCAAGACAGUCAAUGCCGUUCUGGAUUACUUUACUACGAAGGGAUUUAGCCUCUUGCUACCGGAACCACUGAAUGCAAGCAUCGCGCACCAACUGAUUAACGAUACCAUCCCGAAUUACUGGAGAACUAUCAAAGGCUCAGCCGAAGUUUCAAACCUCGCAAAAAUACUCCGAAACCCUACAGGACUCGGACACAUCAACACCAGGCUUCGUACGCUCAUUGCAGACAGUCGUCAGAAGAAGGCUCCCGGCGAAGCGCGGAAUACAGCCGAGCACAUCGCAGAUACCCUCGAUGUCUUAUCCUAUAUAUUAAUGGAUAAACAAACAUCCCACCUCGUGUUACAAGACGUCAUAGCAUUCAGCAAGAACCCAGUGCAAAGUAAACUCAUCUGGAGAGAGUACCUCGCGCAAGUCGCGUCUGGUCGUCUGCUAUCAAUCGCAGCAGAGGCUGAAGACAUACUUAAAAAGAAUGAUAAGACGUAUGGAGAAACUAACUGGGUAGCCGAUGGUAAGGAAUAUGCGGCAUGGCUAGGACGCAACAUCGCCAUCUUGCUCGAGCACAGUUCGAAUAGCGAGGAGUAUCUCGCCGCCGCUGUAGAGCUAUGUUCGAAGGCACUAAGCUUGGGCUAUACUGAUCGCAUUAUAACCUCUCUCUUCGAUACAUUGAUUGAUCUUGGCUCGAUAGAGCGCUUCACCAACCUUCUGUCUCAAAUGAAGACGUUUGAGCAGCGGAAAUACCUCAACGCAAUAGCCGUUUUUGUGGUUAAAGAGUACUUCUUUACAGACAAUUUUAGCAAAGAUGACAGGCCUAUUGCAGCCUCUAGCACUGUGUCCUCUGCUGCUGCGCUAUUUCACACACUUAUCGAGGACGACGACGUUCUGAAAGAGCAUCUCGUUUCAUCCCUUACUCGAUCGACAAUACCUGCGCUUGACGAGUCUCUGUUGGCCCGGCGCAGUGUCUUGGCUGCUCUAGCAAAAGAUGAGGAGAAAUUACAUAAUCUUCUUGAGAACCUUAUAAAGACUUUUGGCGACUCGGUAUACAUCAGACAUACGCCUAUACUUCAGCAAGAAGCUCUUGCCCAGACUCUUGCACUAUGCAGUGGUUACGUAAAGCGUUCGCAGCCCAUGUUUCUCAACAUGAUGGCAAAGUCAACAUAUCAUGUCAACGGCAUGUCGAAUCGCAUAGGUGCGGCAUCUACACGGGCUCGCUUCUUGGGUAUCGCAGUCGGCGUUGCGAUCUCGAAAAUGGUGGACAAGCCAGAUCUUCAGCUCAAGUUCGAGUUAGAGGAUGUGGAAGCAGAAGAAGCGAGCUGGUAUCAACGUCUCACUGAGGUCGACGACAAAAUUGGAGAAGUCAAGGAUCUCAAGACAAAACGUCAGAACAUUUCGUCCACAAAGAAAGUCCAGACGAAGCCCAAGCCAACACCCAAAGUAUCUAAAGCGCCGGCGAUCACCGAGAUACAAGGCCCGUGGGUCGUUGAGGUCAUGUCAGACUCUGAUGAUGAAGAUGCAGACCUGAUGGUGUACGAGAAGCCAGACUCCGAUCCGGAAGAUGACACAGACGACCCGACGGCUAUCAACCGCAACAAGCCCACUGCGCCCGUCUAUAUACGAGAUCUUAUCGCAGGGCUACGAGAUCAAGAGAACUACGAUCGCCACGAACUCGCUUUAGCCACAGCGGCGUCCCUAAUUCGACGUAAAGCGAACUUUGGAACUGAAGUAACCGAUCAUCUCGAAGAAUUGGCCACUUUACUUACGGGCUUACAAGACAACUCAGAGCUAGAGGGCUUCGCGCAACAACGGCAGCAAGCUUUGAUCGCCGUACUUCUCGCGAAGCCAGCGCAAAUGGCGCAAUGGUUCGCUCGGUCUUUCUUUUCAGGCGACUAUAGUCUACAACAACGCAUCGCUAUGCUCACAACUCUCGGUCUUGGAGCGCGUGAAUUGGCAGGAAUGAAGGACACAUCAACCGACCCCCUGGUACCUGCAAAGCCAGACUUCCCCAGCAAACAGCUCCCACCACACCUCCACAAAAUAUACGCCGAGGAAAGCAAUGCACCUACAGUAGCUAGGAUCUCAAGCAGCAUGGCGCGUGAGAUGCUAUCACCCAUCGCUAGCCAAGCAGCCGAUCAGCUCAGCGGCCCCAAUAUCCUGAAAGUCCGAACGUUUUCCUCGCGUAUGGAAGUCGAGAAGAAGCGCCAUAAGCCAAUACCCAACGCACUUGCGCAGAUCGUGGCAGAUAACUUCUUCUUUCCAAUCACGGGUCGCUGGUGGCUCCAGAUCCGCGCGAAUAGCGACUCGAUCUAUGCGUCUACUCACCUCCUCCCUCCCUUUCUACAGACUUUGUCAUUGUUACUGAACGCAUCUGGCCCGAACACACUCGCAUUACCGCAGAUGACGCACGAAUACUGGGACCUACUGUUGUCGGUGCGCGGCCUUGCGAGUAAGGAUAAGAAUGUACUGAACGCCGUCUUGUUCGGCUUCUUGAUGUUGCUUGAAACAAACGAGAACAAGGAGCGCGUAGCUACGGAGCAAGGCAAGGAGCUUAUAGAGACGCAGACUUGGGUGAGGAUGGUAUUCGAAGGCUUAGACCCCAGAGCUCAUGUGGCUCCUCGCCAAAAGACGUCGAACGAUUUCUUGGACACGUCACAAACGUGGAUGAAGAGGUGCAAAUGCGCAAAGUCUUGGGAAGCGCCUGGCGAGAGAUGGUAUCCUCGUCGUCUACUAGACUUGCAAGAGCUGCGUGUUAGUUUUAAGGACCCAAGAAAUGCAAGAAUUCGUUUGGUGGAGUCAGCAGAAUCUCUAGGCCUGCAAGCAACGAGCGGUAGGGAUCAUCGCAUCAGGUCAAGGCGCGAUGACGAUCGAUAUGUCACAUUAAGCCACUGCUGGGGCAAGCCGAUACCCGGCGUGAUUCCUCUAAGGCUGACAUCUGAAACUGAGAGACGCUUCAAGACGGAGGGCAUCAGACUCCAGGAGCUGCCCAAAACAUUCCGAGACGCAGUUGUGUUCGCUUCACGCCUAGACAAGGUCGGAUUCAUAUGGAUUGAUUCACUUUGUAUUCGACAACCCCUCUCGAGGGCACAGGAUCAGCUACAAGACUGGUUCGAGCAAAGCAGAUACAUGGGAACUGUGUACCAAAAGGGCUUCCUGAACAUCUCCGCAACUGCUUCGUCCGACGGAAAUGGGGGAUUGUUCUUUGAUGAGCGACCCGAGCACCUCUGGGAGAACAACGUCAACGUGUAUUACCCUGAAGAUAACCCCCUCGUACCGAAGAGAGCUGCCACCGCAGAACUGGAUGCCUAUACGAGAUGCACAGUGAUUGAAAACUCCGCUUGGGAGAGUCUGGUGGAGUUGGCCCCCGUUAACCGACGAGCCUGGGUCUUCCAGGAGCGCUUGCUAUCGCCACGGGUUCUACAUUUCGGUUACAAUCAACUUGCAUGGGAAUGUUGUGAGUUUCAAAGCAGCGAGAACCAUUCUAAUGAGCAGCUGGCUAUCGUCCAAACAAGGCGUUUAAAACAUUUGACACCCGCUGUUGGCUGUGCGUCGCGGGAGAUGCGGCUGAAGGGUAUCCUGGACCCAGACCUACACUUACGGAACUUGUACACAUACGAACUAUGGAAAACGGUUGUGGAGACGUACUCCCAGACGCAGCUUACCAAGUUCGAAGACAAGCUCAUCGCCUUAGCUGGUGUCGCUAAGCUAUUUCAGGAAUCCUUGUUCAAAACGGAGCCCGGGCAGAAAUACGUCGCCGGACUUUGGAGCAAUCACCUUGAGAGCCAGUUGCUUUGGUGCGUGAAAGAAGCGUGCAGAGGCGACGGUGCAUUCGAUAACCCCGCCCGACGACACCCAGAAGGCGGUCCCUCGUUCUCCUGGGCCUCAAUUGACAGUCCACACGGCGUCACAUAUAACGAUGUCACGGAUUACAGAUCGCCGUCAGACUCUACCAAAGAGUUGCUCUUCAAAGCAGUAGAUUAUAGCAUCAGCCUAGCCGACCCAAAGAACCCCUUUGGGAUGGUCACAGCCGGUCGACUACUCCUUGCACCUCGCCAUCUCCGCCGCAUAGAACUGUACAAAUUGCCAGUUUCGCGUAGAGUGCCGUUUGCUUGGCGUCUAAAGAUCGAGCCUCAACCAAAGCGACCAAAAGAGUAUACCAACAUUUACCUCGACGCUCCAGACUCUGACGUGGACAUCUUUCGACCCGACGCACAGAUGUACUGUAUGCCAGCAGCUCAUGGGGAGCGGACAGUGAGGAAGCAGGACGGAUAUCUCUACUGCUUGUUGCUGAAAUACGAAGCCUCGAUUUCGUAUACGUCAAAUAAGAAUGGGGGUAAGGAAGGUCGUUACCGAGCAUUCCGACGCGUUGGUAUUGCGAAGAUGAGUAACAUGGAUGAACGGGGUCAGAAUGCUUUGAAGGAAGAAGGCACGAGGGAGAUCAUCUACUUAUGCUGA